AAAUCCAGGCAACCUCCACGCCACCCAACUGUUUUCCUAAUACAAGAAUACUCCCUAUACUAAUGCCAGAGACACAUGCUCUCUUUCUCUCUCUGAUCCCACUUCUCCUUCCUUUGAUGAUUUCCCUAGUGUGAUAUUGCAAAGAUCCCUUUCGAGGCUUCCCAGUGUGCCCAACUUUCGGCAUCGAGAUCCAAGAAAGAUCAGGGGCAAAAGUCUUGGGCCGCAAUCAUUAGGAGCUAGCUGCAUUGCAGAGAUUCUCUACUUGGCUGUUGGCUUACUCCAAUUCUACUCUUCCCUGUUAUCUCGCACCUUCAGCGCUCCUCCUUCCUAGCCGUUCUUGCUCUGGCAUUGGGUCAAGUCAAGAAUAAAUUCAGGAAGCAGGAGAUUCUUCUCAAGAGGUUACAUUGGAAAAGGAGAUUGAGAGGCAAGAGAAGUCCAAGAUGCAACAAUCACAAGUUCCAUUGGGAGGAAAAAGCAGAUAAAGAUGUUCAAUAGGCUUCUUCUCUGAUCAGCAAUCAGCUUGUCUGAACUCUGAAGAACAGCUCCUGUUUUCCAUUGCAUGGAGAACGAAGCCAUGGGAGGCCAUGUGAUGGUGCCAUUAGAGAGCUUGAGCUUGGAGCUCCCGAAUGGGGAAAUCUUAGUGGGCUACGACAAAGACAUCUCAUCUCUGCAAGAGGACAUUUCAGCUCUACGAUCAAGGCAGCGACAUCUUGACCGGAGAAGACGAGAGGCACUCGACAAGCUCAUUGACCUGAAAGGAAGUAUUAGAGUCUUCUGCCGGGUACGGCCAUUGGUCCAAACGAACAAUUUGAAGACCAAAUCACCGGUUACUGUCGAACAAGAGAAGAUUGCAGUCAAGUCAGUGGGGAUCAAAAAGGAGUUCAGUGUUGAUAGGGUUUUUGAUCAGGAGUCAACACAGGAGGAUGUUUUCCAAGAAGUAAAACCAAUCCUCAGAUCUGCACUUGACGGGCACAAUGUCUGCAUUCUCGCUUUUGGCCAGACUGGGACAGGAAAAACCUAUACAAUGGAAGGAACUGAUGGUAAGCUCGGUAUUGUUCCUCGAGCUAUUCAAGAACUGUUUUCUCAUGCUUCAGAAGACAGUUCAUCCACAUACUCUUUCUCCAUAAGCAUGCUUGAGGUUUACUUGGGGAGUCUCAGGGACUUGUUGGCACCAAGGCAGCCUCUAUUCAGGCCAACGGAAUGUAGCACAGCAUGUAAUCUCAGCAUUCUGGCAACUAAAAGUGGUGCUGUGGAAGUUGAGGGGCUGACCGAUGUCUCAAUACCGGACCUGAAGAAAGCCAACCAGUGGUACUGCAGAGGGCGGCGUGCCCGAUCAACAUCUUGGACAAAUGUCAAUGACGUCUCGAGCCGGUCACACUGCUUGACAAGGAUAACCAUAAGAAGGCAUGGAGCCACUGAAGAAGUCAGCAAGCUCUGGCUCAUCGAUCUUGGAGGUAGCGAGCGGUUGCUGAAGACUGGUGCAUCUGGGUUGACAAUGGAUGAGGGAAAGGCCAUAAACCUCUCCCUAUCAGCAUUAGGAGAUGUUAUUGCUGCACUUAGGAGAAAGAGAAGUCAUGUUCCUUACAGAAACAGCAAGCUUACCCAGAUUCUCAGUGAUUCACUUGGUGAUGGUUCAAAAGUUCUAAUGGUGGUGCACAUCAGCCCUUCUGAGGAUGAUAUUGGCGAGACAGUCUGUUCCCUGAGCUUUGCAAAACGAGCAAGAUCAAUCGAAUCAAAUAGAGACAUUCCAGAAGAUCUGAAAAUGCUUAAGCAGAAGCGGAUCGCAGAGCUUGACAAGGAAGUAUGUGACGCCGAUGAAGAGCUAAAGUAUCUCAAUGAACAAAUAAGGAGAGCAGAGAUCUCGCUUGAAGAGAAGAAGAAGCUCACUUCAUCUAUUUGUCAGGUUCUCAGUGAUGAGAAGGGGUCACCAAGAAGCACUCUAGUGGUAGGUCACAUUGAUGCCACAGAGAGCCCACACCCAACUGAGAAGGCAAAGAUCAGGAUUUCUCAUGGCUCAGUGCCUCACUUCAUGUCAUCGACAGUGUGUAGCCGGCAAAGACAUAGCGCAGGAAGCCAUUCUGUCAGUAAACCGAGGCUGACGAAGUCAGUGAAUAGAUAUCCAGCUGAGCUGACUGGGAGCCAGUCAUUCAGCUACUCCAGCUGCAAGAAUGCAGCCAAGGCUAGGUCAGUAGCAUUCUCAGCCAGUGUGCCUAAGAUGAAGUGCUUGCCAGUGAAGUCCGACCUGAUCAACAUAAGCAGUAAUAGCAUUGACUCAACAGCCGCAUCAGCACCGCGGCGGAGGGAAAGCUUCGUCUCCCGGCCGGUUCAAAGAGCACCCUUACAUCAGCACAGGAGACGGAUGUCUAGCCUAACGUAGCCAUACAUUAAUACCGAUUGAACAGUUCUGAUUUUAACUUGUUUUAGUGGUGAAAAGGUUCUAAAGGUUGUUUGUGGUUUUGUGGGUGUUUGAUGGUAUGUUUGUUAACUUCACAGUCCUUGACUGCUGUAACUAUCUUAGGCCCUUCGUCUGUUGUUUUUGGUUUGACAUGGAAGGGCAAAAGGAUGUGAGGGAUAUUGGUAAAAUGGAAACAUAAUUGUAAUUGGUACUAA